UGACAAAUUCUCUUGGUAUUUUUGAUUUGAUGAAUGAUGCUGAAAUAAUACCAACUUCUGCCACCUACACUGCUCUACUACAAGGUUUUGCAGAGGUGGGAGACAAGAUAAAUCUUCUUAAGAUAUACAGAGAAAUGUCCACGAAAAACAUCAGUCUGAAUGACAAGCAUAUUAUGAAGAUAGUUACAAGCCUGGUAACAACUGGACAUCAGGAUAUCAUGAAAGAUGUGUUGAAGUGGCUGCCAGAAACUGAUUCAGGGAACAGAACGGCAGUGAAACACACAGCUGUUCAUCUCUUGCACUUGGGAUAUUGUGAUGCUGCAUGUUCCGUGCUAGAUGCUCUCCCACAACCAACGUUUGAGACCUCACCAUCAUUCGGAGCUUUCUUAUUUCAAGAGAUGAUUAAGACUAAUGUGCCUGUAUCAAGAAUAUUGCAGCUGACAGACAGUCUCGUGUCAGAUGGAAGGAAUCCACUGGCUCUUAAGAAAGCCGUAGGCGCAGCUUUGAGUUUUGGGAAGGUGGAAAUUGCACUGGAAUUAUUUCAUGCCAUGAAAGAUCGCAGUCUUCCACUGAGGCCACACUACUUUUGGCCAUUAUUUAUUGCAGCAAGCAAAAGUGAUGGAGAGAAAGGUGUGUUUGAUGUCCUUGAGCACAUGCAAGGGCUUGAAGUGACUCCAGAUGUAGAUACAUUGGCAGAUUAUGCCCUGCCUCAUGUUUCAUUAGCUGACUCGCAGAUGGUCAUCCGUAAACUGCAGGACUAUGGUCUCAGUGUGAGCAUGGUUCUUACUCCAGUGUUGGCAGUGCUGUUGAGGGCAAGCCAUAUAGAAAUGGCCAUUAAACUGUGUGCCACAUUUAAGGGACAGAUACAAUCAGGCAAACUUGUACAGCCUCUCACUUUGGCAUAUGUGACUACACGACAAGUUCUGUUGAUAGCGGAGAUGCUACAGCUUAUGACCUCAAGUCGUGCAGUGCAUGUCAGCGAUUGGGUAGGGCAGUUCGUCCUCACUGUUCUUACGUACAGGAAGAUUAGGACUGAACCAGAACAGCUCUGUGAGCUUUUGAAGGCAAUUCAUACUGCACGUUUGCAAUUCUCUUCAUUUGCUGCUGACUCUGUAAUGGGCCACUUGCAGUAUAGGCUGGUCCAUGAGAAGAUGGAGAAGAUGAGGACUGUGGUCGAUGAACUAGUCAAUGGUGAUCUAAGCAUAUCACCAUCAGAACAAUUCAUUGUUGACAUCCCACAUCCUCGUGAUAUGAGCCAGGAAGACUUGGAGUGUCACCUGGUGGAACUACAGUCAAAAGAUCUUAACAGACGUGGGGUGCUACGCCGGCUUAUUCAGGAAUAUUGUCGGCAAGGAAAAGUGGAGAAAGCUCUCAAAGCCAAAGGAGAAUUUGAAGCUGCAGGCUAUGAGUUCUCUGCAGGAAUGUUGGCGAUGCUGUUUGACUUGAUGGUCCGUGUUGGGAAUUUAGAUGAAGCAGAGACAAAUCUGAAGGAACUGAACCGUGUAGCACCUAACUUUGUCCUGGAUGAACACAAGAUCAUAGACUAUGCCACAUUAUUGAUUUUGAAACAUCGUACCGAAGUUGCUAUAGCUGUUUUGGAGCAACAUGCAGGGAAACACAUGGUGAAGGGAGGUGACAGUAUGUCGCGCAACUGCUGGCGGCUUCUUAGUGCAUUGUCAGAGAAUGCAGACCCUACACAAACAAGAAUCAUGCUGCAAAAACUUUCAAAGCUUGGGUACUGCUCUGUCAGCAAUGUCUUACUGGGACCCGUUGUCAGAGCUCAUCUCAACAGGGAUGACCUGGAAGGGGCAGUACAGGAGUUUAUACAAUGUGCAGAGGCACACAAAGCAACGCCCCUGCAGCAUGAAUUACUCUGUCAGCUGGUAGUGAGGGCAGAUUCAACUGUGCUGCAAGGAGGUGAAGUGAAGCCCAGCCCACCAUUUGGAGUUACGUCAGAGAGGGCUACAGAACUACUGCAGCAGGUGCUGAGCGCUUGUGUCCAGAUUCAUGGCAGGCCCAGUACACAUGUCACCUUGGCUGUGGUGUUGGCUGAGAAGGGAAUGAUCAAGGAGCUGAGGCGCUUCCUUAUGGGACCACAAGGGAAACUUAACAAGAAUUUGCUUCUCGCUCGCUUCAGGAAACUGGUUAAUGAGGACAAAUUGGAAGCACUGGUAAACUAUUUGGAAGCUGGAAAGGGCAUACCCACUGUGGAUUUUGCACCAGUUUAUAUGAUGAUGCUGCAGCUUUAUUGUCGCCGUGGAGACUGCAAUGGUGCUUUGUCUCUGUGGACAUCCAUCCAGGAUUCUGAUGUUCCUCCAUCUUCACAGUUCCUCAGUACAUUAGCAGCAUUGCUGCGCAGUCAUAAACUUAAAGUUCCGUUCGAUGUGACAUCAGCCGAAGAAAGUCCAAUGCAGGGGUAAGGCCUGAAACAUUGAAGGCGUCAGGAGACAUAUUCAGUAGUGAACUCAACUUCGGAAGGAUUGUACGCGGGAGAUAAGUCUCUCAAAAAAAUUUGUCAAGAGGCUUCUUUGUUUUUGAGGUGAUCUGGAUGGGCACAACAGUCAACUAUUAAUUAGCGACUAAGGUGCUUAUCUUGUGUUGAUAAUAGGCAGUGUCCUCAUGUCUGCCAAGCAGAAUUUUGGAAAUUGUCCCAUAAAAAUUAAAAAUUUUAGUUAUUUCCUCUUA